UCCUGCCCGGAAGAUGAGCGGCACCAGUACCAGGUCCAACCACCUGUCUCAGCCCGUGGUGAAGAGCGUGCUGGUGUACCGCAAUGGGGACCCCUUCUUCGCCGGGCGCCGCGUGGUCAUCCACGAGAAGAAGGUGUCCAGCUUUGAUGUCUUCCUGAAGGAGGUGACAGGCGGCGUUCAGGCGCCCUUUGGGGCAGUCAGGAAUAUCUACACUCCGCGCUCGGGCCACCGCAUCCGGAAGCUAGACCAGAUUCAGAGUGGGGGCAACUACGUGGCUGGAGGCCAGGAAGCCUUCAAGAAACUCAAUUACUUGGACAUAGGAGAAACCAAGAAAAGACCAGUGGAAGUUGUUAAUACAGAGGUAAAGCCAGUAAUCCAUAGCAGGAUCAAUGUGUCAGCUCGCUUUAGAAAACCGCUCCAGGAGCCCUGCACCAUCUUCUUGAUUGCAAAUGGAGACCUCAUAAGCCCAGCGUCUCGUCUCCUUAUCCCAAGAAAAGCCUUGAAUCAGUGGGAUCAUGUACUACAAAUGGUCACAGAGAAAAUAACUCUGAGGAGUGGGGCCGUCCAUAGACUUUAUACUUUAGAAGGAAAACUUGUUGAAAGUGGCUCAGAAUUAGAGAAUGGGCAGUUUUAUGUAGCUGUUGGCAGAGAUAAGUUUAAGAAAAUGCCUUAUAGCGAAUUACUUUUUGACAAGUCAACAAUCAGAAGGCCUUAUGGCCAGAAAGCCUCAUCAUUACCUCCUAUUGUAGGAUCCAGAAGGUCUAAAGGGAAUGGGAAUGAUCGCCAAUCAAAGUCAACAAUUGGAUACAGUGACAAUUCAUCUCCACAACCCUCAAAGAGAAAAGGGAAAAAAGAAGAUGCUGUAAAUUCAGAAAAACACACAAAGGUGAAACAAAAUGCAAAGUUAAAGAAUUCAGCACAAAUGGUUCCGAACAGUGAUGAAGGCGUUUUCAAAGCCGGAGCUGAGAGAUCUGAAACGCGGGGGGCAGCAGAAGUCCAAGAAGAUGAAGAUACUCAGGUUGAGGUUCCAGUUGAUCAGAGGCCAGCAGAAAUAGUAGAUGAGGAAGAAGAUCAAGAGAAAGAAAUCAAAGAUACAGAACAGAAAGAUUUUUCAGGAAUGAAUGGAGAAGUUGAAGAAGUCAGUGAUCAGGCAGCUACAAACCCAGAGCAAGCCAAGGAGACCCUGGAUCAUGGAGAGGAGCAGGCAGGCGCUGCUCGUGUAAAUGCAGGCACUGAUGAAGAAAAUGGUGAGGAACUGGACCAGGUUAAUAAUGAGCCUCAGUCAGAAGCAGAUGAGGGAAAAAAGUCUCAAGCAGUUGGCGAUGGACAGGAUGAGGCUGAAUUAGACCCUCAAAGACCACCACGACCAGAAGUAAAAGUCACUAGUCCACAAGAAAAUGACAACAAUGAACAAAACAAGGACUAUCCUGCUGUGGCUUAG